GGGCUGCUGCUGCUGCAGGCGUCUCUGGCUGCCGUGUCGGCUCAGAAACUCGAUGAGAAUGACCCGGUGGUCACCACCACUAAUGGCAAGCUGCGAGGCGUUAAGAAGGAGCUCAACAAUGAGAUCCUGGGUCCUGUCGUGCAGUUUCUGGGCGUCCCGUAUGCUGCUCCACCCACUGGCGAGCGCCGCUUUCAGCCACCUGAGCCACCAGCAUCAUGGCCGGAGAUCCGCAACGCCACGCACUUUGCCCCGGUUUGCCCUCAGAGCAUCGUGGAGGGUCGCCUGCCAGAUGUGAUGCUGCCAGUGUGGUUCACCAACAGCAUUGAUGUGGUGUCCUCAUACGUCCAGGACCAGAGCGAGGACUGCCUCUAUCUCAACAUCUACGUCCCCACUGAGGAUGGUCCCCUUACAAAGAAACACACUGAUGAUUUAGGUGAUAAUGACCGCACGGACGACGAAGACAUUAGAGAGAGUGGAAGCCCCAAGCCGGUGAUGGUUUUCAUCCACGGGGGCUCUUACAUGGAAGGAACUGGGAAUAUGUUUGACGGCAGCAUCCUGGCCAGCUAUGGGAAUGUGAUUGUCAUAACUGUCAACUACCGGCUGGGCGUCCUAGGGUUCCUGAGUACAGGUGACCAGGCAGCCAAAGGGAAUUACGGUUUGUUGGACCAGAUCCAGGCCCUGCGCUGGACCAGUGAGAACAUUGCAGCCUUCGGCGGCGACCCGUUACGUAUCACUGUGUUCGGCUCAGGCGCCGGAGCUUCCUGUGUCAACCUGCUCACGCUGUCUCACUACUCGGAGGGCCUGUUCCAGAGAGCUAUCGCUCAGAGCGGCACAGCUCUGUCCAGCUGGGCCGUCAGUUUUCAGCCAGCCAAGUACGCCCGGAUGCUGGCCCGGAAGGUAGGCUGCAACCUGGAGGACACAGUGGAGCUCGUGCUGUGCCUUCAGAGAAAACAUUACAAGGAGCUGGUGGAUCAAGACAUCCAGCCAGCCCGCUACCACAUCGCCUUUGGGCCUGUUAUUGAUGGAGAUGUUAUACCUGAUGACCCUCAGAUACUCAUGGAGCAAGGUGAGUUCCUCAACUAUGAUAUCAUGCUGGGAGUUAACCAAGGUGAAGGCCUUAAGUUCGUGGAGCUUAUCGUGGACAACGAAAAUGGCGUUCAGGCGAACGACUUUGACUACGCCGUGUCCAGCUUUGUGGACGACCUCUAUGGCUACCCAGAGGGUAAAGACAUCCUUCGGGAGACCAUCAAGUUCAUGUACACAGACUGGGCCGACAGGCACAACCCGGAGACCCGCCGGAAGACGCUGCUGGCCCUUUUCACCGAUCACCAGUGGGUGGCGCCGGCUGUCGCCACAGCUGACCUCCACUCCAGCUUUGGGUCGCCGACAUAUUUCUAUGCCUUCUACCACCACUGUCAGACUGAGCAGGUGCCACCGUGGGCAGACGCAGCACAUGGAGAUGAGAUCCCAUAUGUGUUCGGCCUACCGAUGAUUGGACCAACAGAGCUGUUUCCCUGCAACUUCUCCAAGAACGAUGUGAUGCUCAGUGCUGUUGUCAUGACCUACUGGACAAACUUUGCCAAGACAGGGGACCCAAACCAGCCUGUUCCCCAAGACACCAAGUUCAUCCACACCAAGCCCAAUCGCUUUGAAGAGGUGGCAUGGACACGCUACAACCAGAAAGACCAGCUCUACCUGCACAUCGGCCUGAAGCCCAGGGUCAAGGAGCAUUACCGCGCCAACAAGGUCAACUUGUGGUUGGAGCUAGUUCCUCAUCUGCACAGCCUCAAUGAGGUCACCCAGCUCAUCCCCACCACCACCAAGAUUCCUCCACCAGAGGCCACCAACCGCACCCCGAAGCCCAAGGUUCUGGUGACCAAGCGCCCUAACCCGACUCCACUCCCCACGGAGACCCAGGACAGCCACAACCAGCCACACCUGGUGGACCAGCGUGACUACUCCACUGAGCUGUCGGUUACCAUCGCUGUCGGAGCCUCCCUGCUAUUCCUCAACAUCCUGGCCUUUGCCGCUCUUUACUACAAGAAGGACAAGCGCCGGCAUGAUGUCCACAGACGCUGCAGCCCCCAGCGGAGCGCCACCAAUGACCUGGCUCACACUCAGGAGGAGGAGAUCAUGUCCCUGCAGAUGAAGCAGCACUCAGACCUGGACCGGGACUGCAGAGGGGUGGGCGACUCCAUGCACCCCCACGACAUGGUGCUGAGGACUGCCUGCCCGCCGGACUACACUCUGGCCAUGAGGCGCUCGCCGGACGACAUCCCACUCAUGACGCCGAACACCAUAACCAUGAUCCCCAGCACCAUGGGGGGGCUCACCUCGCUCCACUCUUUCAACACCUUCCCCAGCAGCGGGCAGAAUAACACUCUGCCCCACCCGCACCCACACUCACACUCCACCACCCGGGUAUAG